UAACCCUUUUUGCCUCCGCAUCGUUUCAGUUUUCACACAGAUAGGAGACUACCGCGAUUCACUUAGGACGUUUUCAUCAAAGCAAUAGUUUAUCUAACUCGUAUUUGUUUAAAUUGAUUUUUGUAUCAAGUUCAAGCCUCAGACGUGAUAUGGCCAAAGGAGAAGGAGGCGAACAAUACUCCAACGCCAGUUUGUUGAAUAAACCCAGUUCAGAUGGCAUUCAGUUGGCAAGGAAGCGUGACAGGAAUAGACUAUCCAUCUGCAACAAGUUGUGCUAUGCAGUUGGAGGUGCGCCCUACCAGAUCACAGGAUGUGCCCUGGGCUUCUUUCUGCAGAUCUAUCUCCUGGACGUGGCUCAGUUGGACCCCUUCUAUGCAUCUAUCAUUCUAUUUGUGGGAAGAGCUUGGGAUGCAAUAACUGACCCCACAGUGGGAUUUCUGGUCUCUAGAAGCCCAUGGACUCGUUUUGGACGCAUGCUGCCAUGGAUCCUGUUUUCUACCCCUCUGGCUGUACUUGCCUACUUCCUCAUCUGGUACGUGCCCCCCUUUGAGAACGGCAAAGUCAUCUGGUACCUCUUCUUCUACUGCCUCUUCCAGACCCUCCAAACAUGUUUCCAUGUGCCAUAUUCUGCCCUCACAAUGUUCAUCAGCUCAGAACAAAAAGAAAGGGACUCCGCGACUGCAUACAGGAUGACCGUGGAGGUCUUGGGCACUGUGCUUGGUACCGCAAUCCAGGGUCAGAUAGUGGGAAUGGCCAAUGCACCGUGCCUCCCGGGACCUAAUGGCAACAAUAGCAACAGCUCUCUCACAGAAUCCUCACCAGAACCUGGCAUCUCUAUUGAGCACACUAGAAUGGCAUAUAUGAUUUCCUCUGGAGUCAUCUGCUUAAUCUACAUCCUCUGUGCUGUGGUUCUCUUCUUUGGUGUAAGAGAGCAGAAAGAAUCAUGUCGGCCAAAGUCGGAGCCAAUGUCGUUUUUUCAAGGAAUCAGGCUAGUGAUGGGCCAUGGACCCUAUGCCAAACUGGUCAUGGUUUUCCUCUUCACCUCACUGGGCUUCAUGCUCCUGGAAGGAAACUUUGCCCUUUUCUGCAGCUACACUUUGGGUUUCAGAAACGACUUCCAGAAUAUCCUGCUAGUCAUUAUGCUCUCUGCAACAUUGACCAUUCCCUUCUGGCAAUGGUUCCUCAGUCGCUUUGGGAAAAAGACUGCAGUUUAUGUUGGAAGCUUGUCUGUGGUUCCUUUCCUUGUCCUGGUGGCACUUGUGAAGAGCAACUUGAUCAUCACCUAUAUUGUGUCAUUUGCUGCUGGAGUGUCUGUGGCAGCAGCCUUCCUUUUGCCAUGGUCUAUGCUUCCUGAUGUGGUAGAUGAUUUCCAAGUGCAUAAUCCCGACUCUACUGGCCACGAGGCGCUUUUUUACUCGUUCUACGUCUUCUUCACCAAGUUUGCAUCCGGGGUCUCACUGGGCAUCUCCACUCUCAGUUUAGAUUUUGCUGGCUACGUGACAAGAGGGUGCUCUCAACCGGCUGCAGUGGAUUUAACCUUGAAACUCCUGGUCUCUGCUGCCCCUAUUGCUCUCAUUAUUAUUGGACUUUGCAUACUGUACACUUAUCCGAUUGAUGAGGAGAGGAGGCAAGGCAACCGCAAACUGUUGCAGGAGCAGAGGGACAGUGAAAGUGAUUCAGAAACAGACUCCACAGAACUGGCCAAUAUGGUGUAGCAAUGUGCCGACCCUGGACUAAGUGGCUAGUUGGCUGGUUGGCUGGUAUUUUGCACUGGGUUGGGACCAACAUACCUGGGCCUGUUGAGUAAGACAGGUACUGCCUUGUCCAAUCACAAUGCUGCUGUUUGAAGUCUACAAAACUUGAGUGUCAGCCACAUGAGGCCUUUUCUAAAAAACAGUUCAUCUACAAUCAACGCAUUUUAUAGCAUGUUAUUCAUCCUCUCCUUUAUGUCAGUCACACCUCAAAAGCCUUAAUUUACCAGCAUGCUGCUUUUGAGUGCUGUGGGAAUUUCCUAAAGAUUGUCUUCUGGGUGAGGAAUGGCACAAAAUAUUGAAAUGUGUUGGCAAAGGAAGGUUUUCCAAUGCUGCCAUUCAUGGUGCUACAAAUCUGAACUUGAGUUUCCAUCCAUUUUUAAAACCAUGUUGCGCAUUUGUGUCCUUUAAACUGUGCAAAAAAACUUUUUCCUCAGUUGCAGACACCAAUAGACAUCUGUAUAUACUUACCUGCAACUAAAGGACAUUGUACCUAAAGACACUGGAAAAGCUGCUCUCAAAUCACUGACACAGCAUUUUAAAGCACAUUUAUGUGUGGUUUACAAAAUCACAUCGUUUCUUCAGAGUUUACAAAUCUGUCAACUGUCCCAUCUCAUUCCACCUCAAUGUUCUUUCUGCUACUGGUCAUGUGAUGGUGGAGCAGCAGACCUCACCAUAAAGUUGAAACCACUACAACAGUAAAGAAAAGCUUUCUGUUUGCACAAUUAGAGGCCAUAACAUACAGUAUAUACAUCAGACAAUUUAUAGAUCAAAAUCUAAAGACUGGAGAAACUAUUUUCUCUGCAAAACCACCCUCAGUUGUUACCAUUAUAUGUAUUUAAAUAUUUAUUUCAUCUUGAAAUCCUGUUUGCCAUAGUUUUGCAGUAUUUAAAGUCUGUAUGGUUGUUCCAGCUGAAUGGUGAAAGUUUUAAAAUGCUGAUUGGAAUAAAGGUAGCUGUAGGUGUAAUUUUAAAAAAAAAACAGAUUUUUUUAAAUGCAUGUCACUACAGCUGCUUUUGUUCAGAAGGGUAUUCUAAAGGGAAAUUACGUUGAAAGUUGAAGAUGUGAAUGUGAUAUAGCCUCCUGUGUUGACUUUUUUGUUGUAAAUAUGUUGUGAAGGAACAGAAUACUUUGUGUCCUUGUCAUAAAAAUGACAAAAGGCAUAAUUCAUAUCCAUUGAUAUGAAAAUGUACAGUGUCAUAUGUUAUACAUACUGCUCCAUCUGUAACAUGUUAUUUUUAAUAACGGGUUGCCAGAUUUCAUAUUUAUUCCCCUUUUUGUUUAUUUAUAAAACAGAAUUUAUUCCAUUCGAAGAGGGGGAUACUGCACAAUGAACACUGUGCCAUUUCUAUGUAAAGCCCUAAACGAGUUGUAGAUUAUGUAAAUGUCCUGUUUUAUCUUAUCAGUGUGUUGUAUUUUAUGCCAGUGAACUUCCCAAAUGACUGAGGCUGUAGCCAAAUUUGUGAUCCACAAACGCCUUGUGUACAAGCCUCCUGUGCAUAUGUAUAUAUUGUAUGUAUACUUGUAAAUAUCUUUGAUAUUUGGUGAUGUAAGUCAAUUCUGUGUAUUCUGUACUGUACUGUAGUUAUUUAAAGAAAAAGAAAAUGAAGACAUUGUUAAUAAACAUUAAUUGUACUGUGAAAA